AUGGCCCCCCCUCCCCGUCCCCUCCCCGUCCCUCCGGUAGCCCGGGCAGCGCGGGGGGGGCCGCCCCGGCUGCCGCUGGCCACCGUGGCCGCCACCAUCGCCCUGCUGAGCGCCGCCACCGGGGCCUGCCCGGCCGUGUGCCGCUGCUCCGGCGGCCGCGUCUACUGCAACGACCGCGGGCUGACGGCCGUGCCCGAGGGGCUCCCGCCCGGGGCCACCACGCUGUUCCUGCAGAACAACCGCAUCGGCGACGCCGGCAUCCCGGCGCGGCUGGGCCGGCUGCCGGCGCUGCGGGUGCUGUACCUGUACGCCAACGCGCUGGAGCAGCUGCCGGCUCACCUGCCGCCGGCGCUGCGGGAGCUGCACCUGCAGGAGAACAACGUGCGCGGGCUGUGCCGCCGGGCGCUGGCGCGGGCGCCGCUGCUCGAGCGCCUGCACCUGGACGACAACUCGGUGUCGGCGGCCGGCAUCGAGGAGGACGCGUUCGCCGAGAACCGCCGGCUGCGCCUGCUCUUCCUCUCGCGCAACCACCUGAGCAGCGUCCCCGCGGGGCUGCCGCCGGCGCUGGAGGAGCUGCGGCUGGACGACAACCGCAUCCACACCAUCCCGCUGCGCGCCUUCGAGGGGCUGCCGGCGCUGCGGCGCCUGGUGCUGGACGGGAACCUGCUGGCCAACCAGCGCAUGGCCGACGACACUUUCAGCCGCCUGGGCAACCUCAGCGAGCUCUCGCUGGGCCGCAACGCGCUGGCGGCGCCGCCGGCCAACCUGCCCCGGGCUCGGCUGCGCCGCCUCUCGCUGGCCGCCAACGCCAUCAGCCACGUGCCGGCCGGAGCCCUGGCCAGGAUGAGGGCGCUGGAGCGGCUGGACCUGUCGGACAACAACCUGACCACGCUGCCGCGGGGGCUCUUCGACGACCUGGGCAGCCUGAGCCACCUGGGGCUGCGCAACAACCCCUGGUUCUGCGGCUGCAACCUGGCCUGGCUGCGGGACUGGCUGCGCCGCCGCGCCCCGCCGCGCCUGGAGGUGCGGGGGCUGCUGUGCCAGGCGCCGGCGCGGCUGCGGGGGCUGCCGGUGGGCGAGCUGCGGGGCGAGAUGGACGCGUGCGAGAGCCCGGCCGCGGGGCCGGCGGGAGGCCCGGGCGGGGGGACGUCCCCCGGGGCCGCCGCCGCCGCCGCCGCCGCGUCCCCCGCCGCCUCGCCGGGAGCCGCGGCGGCCGCGCCGGGGCUGUGGGUGCAGGCGGCGCCCGGCGGGGCGCUGCGGGUGCGGUGGCCCCCGGCCCCUCCCGGGGCGUCGCUGCGGUUGAGCUGGCUGCGGCCCGGGGGGGGAGCCGUGACCGAGACCUUGGUGCGGGGGGAGCGCGGCGAGUACGUGGUGCGGGCGCUGCAGCCCCGAGCCCCGUACCGCGUCUGCCUGGCCGCCCUGGAGCCCCCCGCCGCCCCUCCGCUCUGCGCCCAGGCCCGGGCGGGCGCCGGGGACCCCCCCCAGCCCGGUUCUCCCGGAGCCCCCUCCGGGGACGCCCCCCCGGCGCUGCCGCCGGCCGCGGCUCUGGGGGCGGCGGCGGCGGCGGCGCCAGACCUCCGCGCCGCCAGGGGGCGCUCCCCGCCCCGCGCGCUCUGCGCUCCGCGCCGCCCCGCAGCCAAUGGGAGAAGAGGAAAAUUCCAGAAGUCCCCGAGGCGCUCAACCAAUGGGCGCCCAGCGCCGGGCAGCCGCGUCCAAUGGGAGCGCGCGGAGGGAAGGUCCCUGACGCGGAUCUGGAAGUGGGACGCGCCCCGCUGCCAGGCGGCGGCCAAUGGGAAGGCGGCGGUGCGGCCGGCAGCCAAUGGGAGCGCGCGCGGGGGCGGCGCGGCCAAUGGGGCGCGGGGGGCGUGGCCGCGGGGUUCUAGCAGCUUCCAGAGGGCGGCGCGGGAGCGGCGCGAGCGGAGCCGCGGCCAUGGAGGAGGUGAGGGGGGGGCGGCCCUGAGGGGUCCCGGGACGGGCGGCGGCUCCGGGGCGGCUCCGGGGCUGGAUGCGGCUCCCAGCCGCUCCCACGGGGGUCCCGAGCGGGGCUCGGGGGGCUCCGAGGGGAUGGCGGGGCCCUGA